AUGAUCAAGGUCGUCAACGCUUUUAACCAAAUUUAUAACCAAAUUUACCUUUCUCCUCCUAGCGGGAGUAACGACGAGGACAUUCUUAACCUUGCUAUCGCCAAGUGGGACUCUCAAAAUCCAACGCCUUUCCCGCACUUCCGAGCAUGGAACGUUGUAAGGAAAGAACAAAAAUGGAGGCCGGUUCCAAAUGAGGUCGCAACGGCCAAACGCACUAAAACUUCCGAGUCCGGAAGUUAUAGUGCGGGAGGCUCCACCGCUCGUUGUCAAAUCGACAUAAACGACGACCCGGAAGAUGACGAGGAUGUGUUGCCCGUUCACGAGUCGGAACGUCCCCCCGGGAGGGACAAAGCAAAAAAAGAAGCGGCCGGAAAGCGAAAAGUGGCCGGCUCGAGUGGAGGUGGCGGCUCGAGUGGAGGUAGGGGCGAGAAGGCAUCGUCAAAAAUGGACGACUUGAUAAACGAAUUCCGUUCGUUCAAAGAGUUCGCGGCCGAAAAGUAUACUCACAAGAAAACCGUGUCGUCCGACUAUGCUCGAGCAGAAGAUUUUAGGAUAAUGAGGUUGGAUCUCGACUCGGUUUCGGAGGAUGAACGCGAGGUUUAUCGGAGGAUGAAGGAAGAGGAAACGUAA